AUGGAUAUUUCACUUUUACUGUUUUGCUUUUUCUUAUUUGAACGAGUAUUUGGAUACGGUUUGUCCCGAAACAGAUACCUACAAAAUGCGGCAAUUUCUCAGGGCAAGAAUUUCUACUACUACGACGGCCUUGUUAAUACCAUUGAGUAUAGCGCAAAAAUUAGGGGAUUCAUAAGGACAAAAACUGGACUACAGAGAGCAGAACCUGGCAAGGAGGAACCAAGUGACGCUGAGUAUGAAGGAAUAUUGAGUUGCAGCAUGUGCUACCUGGCAUCCAACACCAUUUUGACCUGGAUCAAUGAUGGCGUGAGUAAAGAAGAAUUGGUCGAACGAGUUGUCACAUUUUGCGUCACAAUGGACCUACAAAAGGAGCAUAUCUGCAGAGGAAUUGCGGAGGCACACGCAGAUAUGCUCAUUUGGAUGGUCAAAAAGAAAAAGGAAACAGACGAUCCGAUUACGGCAGAGGGUGCUUGCGGAUUUGCACUUUUCCCACAAUGUCCAUUAAAAGGGCCUCAGUACACAUGGGCUUUAGAUUUUGAAUUCACCGGAGCAAAGCCUGAACUUUCAGAAGAACCUCCAGUACCAGAGGACGCGCCGACGCUCAGAGUGUUGCAACUUACAGACCUGCACGUCGAUCCACUAUACAGCCCUGGUUCCAACGCUCAGUGCGAUGAACCGAUGUGCUGUCACAAAGAUCAGGGAGAGCCAAAGGAGGAAAGUGACAAGGCUGGCUAUUGGGGCGACUACAGAAACUGCGACACGCCAAUGCAUGCCUUCAAAGACAUCAUCAAACACGCAGCAACGCAACAACCAAAUCUUGACUAUGUGAUUUUCACUGGUGACAUUGUCGAUCACUUCCUUUGGGCAACAAGCAAGGAGAAGAACAUUGAAGUGAUCAAGACGGUGAUGGCCGAGCUGAAGCAAACAUUCAGCAUUCCCAUUCUGCCCAUCAUAGGUAACCAUGAAGCCCACCCGGUCAAUGUGUUCUCUGGUCAACAUCCUGAAAUCCCUGAAGAAAUAUCUUCAAACUGGGUGUACGAACUCGCUGUUGAGAUGUGGCUUCCUGACUUGACUCUUGAAUCGAGAGAGUCGAUAAAAAAGGGCGGAUUUUACAAAUAUGAAAUCAAGCCCGGCCUUGUCAUCAUUGCCAUCAAUAACAAUUAUUGUUAUCACUUGAACUGGUGGCUCCUGUACGACAACAAAGAUCCUACAGGCCAACUGCAAUGGCUUGCAGAGCAACUUCUGGAAGCGGAGAAGGCUAACAAGAAAGUUCACAUUUUGGCUCACAUACCUUCCGGAUCCGGCAGUUGUUGGGAUAUAUGGAGCAAAGAGUACAGGAAAAUCAUUCACAGAUUUGAGCACACAGUGGUCGCCCAAUUCCACGGGCACACGCAUAAUGACCACUUCAACGUGUACUACGACCUAGAAAACCCUGCCAGAGCGACGAGUGUGGCAUUUAUUGGUGGAGGCGCGACGGCCUACGCUGAUGUCAACCCUAACUACAGAAUUUACACAAUUGACGGCAUCAGAGAAGGUUCAACGUUUAGAGUACUUGACCACGAAACAUGGUACUACAAUCUGACCGAGGCCAACCUGGCAGGACCCGAGGUUCCGCCAAGCUGGAAGAAAUUGUACAGUUUCAAAGAAGCGUUCGGUGUGACGUCACUCCACCCCAAGGACCUUGAUGAUUUAGUCCAGAAAAUGGUUAAGGACGUCGAUUUGCAGAAUAAAUAUUACGGGUAUUAUGUAAAGUUGGGCGACACCUCAAUGGAAAAAGGUUGCAACGAGAAGUGCAGGAACAAUCUUGUUUGCGAGAUUGUUACUUCAGUACACACUGACGACACAAAAUGCAAAUCACUCGGUAUUGAGACUAAAACCACGUCAGAGAGAAGAAAGCGGGAUGCCCAGGAGGAGAGUUCGGAAGUUGGAUCUGAUGAGAGCGGAGAAUAAAUUACUCUGUUAAUAUUU